AUGAGGGUCCGCGCCCUGCUCAUUGUUGUGGCCGCGGCCCUGGUUGCCAUCGGCCCCGUGCCCACACGCGCUGGCGCCGCCGCGCUCUUGGACGCCGCUGCUGGCCUCGCGCCAUGGAUCACCUCCGUCCGCCGCGAGCUGCACAAGAUCCCAGAGCUCAUCUUCGAGGAGCACAAGACCAGCGCUGCCCUCAAGAAGCACCUAGACGAUCUGAAGAUCCCGUACAAGCAGUACGCAAAGACGGGCAUCGUGGGCCGCGUCGGCAGCGGCCAGCCGACCGUCGUGCUGCGGUCCGACAUCGACGCACUGCCCAUAAACGAGCCGGAAGGCCUCGAAUUCAAGAGCCAACAUGAGGGCCGCAUGCACGCGUGCGGGCACGACGGCGGCAGCUGCGCGGCGGCGCAGCCGAGGAAUUGA